AUGGGGCUCAAUCACACGAACAAGUGGACGUCGUCGCCGGAUCCCGUUUUACUGCCGCGCUACUCGACGCGCCUGUUUCGGUCGUCGUUCGUCACGUGCUUCUCAGUAGGUGGAGCGGUACGCUGUGGACUCUGGGGCUGCGCCUUUGCUGCGUUCGUAGUGCUACUGACGUCGCUCAACUACUGGCGCCAUCCUGUCACAGGGUGGCGCCGUUCGGCUGACAUGACAGCGGUCGUUGGGGCUGCCGUCUACCACGCCUACUUCUGCGUCGCAGUGUGUCAAGAGUCACUCGUGCAGCUCCUGUAUGUGCUUGUGGUGGCCAACUCGGGCUACUGUUACCUGCGCGCUCGCAAGGCACCAAAUCAGAACGUGUCGUCAGCGUGGCACUGCGGGCUGCACUUGUUGAGCAACGUGGCGAACGUGCUGCUCUAUCUUGGCGUUUCCAUGUAG